AUGAGUGAUUAUCGAAAAAGAUUGAGCGGUGCGGAAUAUCGUAAAAGGAAAUUAGAAAAAUCAUCAAAACAAGAAACUUUACUGAAUCAAAUUCCAAAAAUAUCUAAUUUUAUGACAAGAUCAGAAAAACUUGUAAGUGAAGAUCAGCAAGCAUCAGGUUCAUCGGACCCGGGAUUAGAUGACACUUCAGCACAAGAUACCAAACAAAUACAAUUGAAUCCUCCUUUAUUGCAAGAUACAAAUACAAACAAAACGUCGUCAACAUUUCUUUCAUUAGAAAAUGCGGAAGAAAGUCAAUCAACAAAUGAUAUGUUUCAAUUGAGUGGUGAUCCUUUUCUAUGGAAUAUAAAUGAUGAAACACGAGAUUUUAUAACUAUAAACGGUUUACCACAAAAUAAUGUAACGGAUUUUAAAAAUUCACGAAAUUUUCAUAAUGAUAAAACGAUAUUUUGUUCUAAAAGCUUAUUCCAACGUAAUUUAAAGAACGGAGAAAUUCAACAUCAGUGGUGA